AUGACGUCGUACAAGUUUGGUAGCACUACUGACCCGGAAAAGGCAGCGCAGAUCUACGGGCUCUGUGCGCUGGAGUGGGGGUGUGGCCUCAACGCUAAGCAAUUCGGCAGCGUUGAGCGCCAGCGGUUUGAGGAGAACCACGCCCACCACCGCUACAACGUCGGCUACUACUACGAGGACAACGAGACCGGCGAGGUGGUGGCGCUGACGUUUGUGCUGAGCAUCCCCGGUUUUUUUAAGCACGUGGACACGUCGUCGACGGCGAUACCGCUGCUGUUGCUGAUUGGCGUCCAGCCAAUGACAGCGUUAUUGGUGGGCCAUGUGUUCACUGCUAAGUCGGUGAGAGGCCAAGGGUUAGCCUCAAAAUUAGUGGCGAACGCCAUUGCCGCUACCGAAGAUGACUGCUUGCGCCGUGAGCUUGACAAGGACCCGGAAUUUGCCCGUACCGUUAGAGGUGACGACGGCAGGAUUGACCACGACGUCGCCAACCAUUAUUUGGCCAAGAAAUACGUGUGGUAUUUAAACUCUGCCGUUGGUGGCUACUAUGAGCGGUUUGGAUUCAAAGGGUACCCUGUGGAUGCGUUCAUGAUCCCGUUCUCGCUUGUUGGCCAAGAGGAAGAGGAGAUGCUCGUUAAAGCCAUGGAGCUGGGAGAAAAGAUGCGUGACCGCCUGAUCAAGAUCCUCAAAGCCGGCGACGAAGCCGACCUGGCCCUCAUCCGCUAUAUCUUGCAAAACAAAGAAUUGCAGAUCGUCGCUGACCUCAACAAGACCAACUACCACCCGCAGUUGAGCCAGCGGCGCCGGUCGCUGAACCUGCUUACCCAGAUCCAGCUGGCGGCCCGUUUCCAGAACCCAGCGAUGGCAGCCAUGGCCAAUGGCGUUGAACCGGAAAAGCCUCACCGAGUAGCGUUCAUCCCCGACUAUACCUUCUUACACGGGAUGCACAUCAUCGAGCAGGCGGAGCUGAGCUUCUUGUGGGGGGGUGAUCAAGCAAAGUACCACCAGAUCGUCGGCGCCAUCAUCACCAACCACGCUACCGGCCAGCUGCACUACGUGCUCUGGGCGACUCAGAAGUACCACAAGUUCGUCGUGUUGCUGGUAGGGCGUAUCGACUACCACCCCAACCCCGGUGAAUCGGUGAGACACCGCCGCCCGCUGAUGGUGGCGCUGAUGGCGGAGCUGGACAUUCUGCACAACUAUAGCGACCUUGAGUUGGUGAUGCGGGUAGCGUGUAUUGUCGGCAAGCGGAGAUUGCCGCAACAGCCUGGGUUAUACAUCUGUGCUCCCGACUUGCCGUUAGAGAUGCCCGAAGCGGCGACCCUCGACUUUGUCACCAAUUACAUCGCCCACCAAGUGCCCAAGGACUCCGAGAACCAGGUCAAAUUGUACUCUGGCGACGAGUUUGCCAAGCAGAUGCUUCCCAUGUUGAAGAAGUUUGGCAGCAACAACCCUGCCGACGUCGACUUCGACUGGGUGUACCCCAGUAGACUCAACUGGGGCUAA